AUGUCCCAAACCAAAUCAUGGCGGUCUCUGCCGCUUCCAACCUCUGCCGACUUGCCUGUUCUGCUGGUAUCGUUCCAUACAGACACGGCGGCAUACACUAUUCAUGUAACCGACAUGGCUAACAUGUGGGCCGAGACACUUGAUCGCAAGGCUAUUUUUAUGAGAGGCUGGAACGAAAACACGAGUAUCGACCCUAGCGACACCCCCGACAACAUGGCCAAAUUCUUGACGAGCCUCAGCACUGCCUUGGACGCUUCCCAGGCGGGUCACAAUGAGACAAAUAUUCGUCUGGACCGCGAUUCUAGAUCUGAGGCGGGCGACGAUGAUCUCAUCUUGAAUAUCACUUGUGAAAUUCCAGGACUACAGCCACUGAAAUGGCCCAUAUAUCUAACGAAACUGCCUGCUUUCAGUGUGGCCACAAAUCUCGUGCUCCCACUCAUCCAAGCACAUCAUACAAAAGAUAUGGAAAUCGAGUCUCUGGCCAGGACCCUCGCGUACAAAGACGCAGUUCUAACCAAGCUUUUGGACAAAUUGGAGGCCAUGGGGACAGGUAUGGAACAUGUAUUCAAUGCUCUGUCCGGAAAGAAAAAGAUUUCCAGAACUGCCGCCGCGGACAAAGUGCCUGGUCUUGCCCCUUUCGACCGCCGAAGCUGGAAGCGUGAACUUGAGUUUCAAGAAAAUGAUCCAAAUGACGCAGAGUCGUUGGUGCAGGGUGUAUUUGGGGAUGGAGGACUGCAGUUCGAGCCAAUGAUGAAUAACGAAGAAUCACCUCAGUUAGAUCAAUGGUGGCAAGAUUUCAAAGGUGCAUCAUCCACGGCACGUCAAACGCAGCACAAAGCGGCUGCUACGAAGGACAAAUCACCGCCUCCAAAGGACAUUGGCAUCGGUCAUAUUGAAGACGACGAUGAUGAUUUCCAAGUCCAAUCGACACCCCCGCACCUCAUGUCCAAGGGGAGAUCGACAGAUGCGAAGAAAAUGCUGGCCGCUGAUGAUGCAUCUACAGAGGGAGAAUCAUUGGCUUCUGCAGGCAGUGUAUCACCCCCAAGCACACACAACGCGGAUAAGCCAGUUCGCCGUCUAGGAGCACUGGGCCGAAAGAAGCAGUCAACUCCGCCACUUGCUCCUUCGCCUGCGGUAUCUCAGCGGAAAGGAGAGUCAUCGGUUCAACCUCGCGAUGGUUCUGAGACAGCAUCUGAAGCAGAGGAUGAGGAUACAGCAAAGCCGCCCGGAAUGGGGAAAGACACAUCCCCUUCGUCCCAUUCAUCACCACGACCUGUGUCGAAGAAAGACGGCCUCGGGCGCAUUGGAGGGGUGAAAUCGAAACCAUCCAUUGGGGAGAAACCGAUUCCUUAUGACACUGAAGUAAUUGAGUCUACUACGGCAGCAGUUUCCCAUCGCCCUCCCAAGAAGCUGGGGCUUAUUGGCAAGAGCAAUAGCAGCGAGGGGGAGCCAGUGCCAGUAGCCGACGAAGGCAGCCGACGGGGCAGGUCUGCCGCAAAGGAACCUAUAGCUGACUCGAAACCGAGAGAGACAUCGCAAGACAGGGCGGACCGAAGGCGAGAGGAACUCAAAAAGGAACUUGAGAAGAAGGCGGCAGCUGGUCCCGCCAAGAAGAAACGAAGGUUUUAA